GACCCCCCUCUCCUCCUCAUAACCAUAUCUUAACCUUAAAUAUUUCUUAAAUAAAAUGUUUUCACAACAUUGUAAAAUACUGCCAUAAAUAUUGCAAUCUUUUGUAUUACUUAAUUUAACUCAAGGAAGUAUUAUAAUUUCUUAAAACAUUUAUAAUUUUAUUAAACGACCCAAGUGUUAAUGGAUCGGUAUGUCGAGACGUUCAGGUCCGUUAGAUGAGCAGCCCUGUAGGCAGUGCACAUCGUUUAAAGAUUUUUUAAAAGGCGGCUUUAAUAAUAAGUCAGAGGGCGAAGACGUAGGUGCUUGUCCUGCUAUUGGUUUUCUUCCAGUUAGGGACGAUUGUCCACUCGAUAAAGAUGAAUUGGGAAAUAAGACAUGGGGUCUAUUACAUACCAUGGCAGCUAAAUAUCCAGAUAAACCAACUUGUGAACAAAAAGUUGAUAUGAAAAAUUUCUUUAGAAUAUUUUCAAAAUUUUAUCCUUGUGAACAUUGUGCUGCAGAUUUAAGAGAAGAAUUAACAUCAAAUCCGCCAAAAGUCGAGUCACAAGCGGACUUCAGUCAGUGGUUGUGUGAUCUUCACAAUAAAAUAAAUGUUAAGUUAGGGAAAGAAAAAUUUGACUGUUCUAAAGUGAAUGAAAGGUGGAGAGAUGGGUGGCUCGAUGGCUCUUGUGAUUACUUGCCCCCUUCAUAGCCUUUUAUUAAUAGAUUAUGAUGUAAAGAUAGUAGUAAGGUUGUAGUCACAAAACAGUAAAGAGGUUUUUUAUUAUCA